UUGGAUAUGGUCAACCCAUGAGUCCAUGCUGCUUUGUAUCAACAUUGGUCCAGAAGUCAGGUCCAGCCUUAAUACAGAAGACUGAUGAAUAGUUUGUGUAAUGCAUUUUGGAAUCAAUUGCAUACUGGAUAUGGUCUUAUGCUGCUUUGUAUCAGCCUUGCCUCUGAAGUCAGGUCCUGCCAUGAUACACAAAGCCGAUUCUUAUAGAAACGAAAAGCAAAACACACAAGGCUGAUUGAUAGUUCUGUAGUGCAUUUUCAGAAUGAACUGCAUCCUGAGUAUGUUGCAAGAGACUUCAAUUUAUCUCCUGGCUGCUUUUCAGGUUUAGUUACGUUCAAGGAGGUGAUUGGACAAAUAGCGUACAUAGACGGCAUUUCUUCCAGACAAGGCAGUGUGGCUGCUAAGUUUUUCUGCUGAAAUCGGCAAUUUUAUCUGGUCAUGGAGAAUAAUGAAGUUAUGAGAAAAUACAUGUUGCCCUGUUUGGUCCACAUUAUAGAGUAAAUAAUGAAGUAGGAUUUGAAGCUUACCACUGGCGGGGGUUUGGACUAGGCAUUUAUGCGGAUUUAAGUCGAAUAUAUUUCAUUGAUAUGUAGAUAUUUCAUUGUGUUCUACUACCUAGGAAUCCAUAAGAUUGCAUGUUUCUAACAGAUUUUGACUUGUAUGACCUUGAUAAUUGGUAUGGCCCCUUUAUAAGGCUGAAUUUGCCGAAAUGGUGGACAGUAAUCGUUCCACAUAUAUUUAUCUGUUAAAUUUCUCCUAGUAAAUUAGUGAUGCAGCUCUAAGCAUGACCAUUUCAGUCCAUAUAUGAAGUAUGCUCUUCACUACCUCUUAAUUUUAGUCGGAUGUAAUUCUUCUAGUUGCUGUACAAGUUAAAUGAAGACCUUCAUUUGGUGUUAAAACUUUUGAGACUUAUUGGCAGCAUGCAGCCAUUUUUCAACAGCAUGAAAUUACAGUCUUCAUUGGGAUUAGACAAAAGUGAUAAAGUCCAAUAAGGUGAAUCCAAGGGAUAAUUAAUGUAAGUAAUGCUCCUAAAGAGACGUAAUUUAUAAAUUGUUUAUGGAAAUCAAUAUCAUUGUGGAUCGGUGGUCAUAGCUUAAAUUUUUAUUUUGGUUCUAGUUGCGUAAUGUCACUAUAUCAGUAGUUGGAUUUAUUUUUAAUCAAUUUCCAGGACACUUAACAAGACCAGUUCAUCUGCACUCUCGACGACUGGAAUCCGACCUAUUCUCGUUAUUGUUAUUAUUAGCCUCAUACUUGUGUGAUGCACAUGUUAUUAUUGAAAGAAGGAGAAAAUAGAAGUUUUAUAUUCAUUCACUUCAAUUUUUUGGUGUUUAAUUUUACCAUAAUAAUCCUUCUAGAUAAUUUCAUUAUGACUUUCUUUCUUAUUCCAAAGGUAUUGUGGGCAUUUUAAAAAUUAGUGUAACUUUUGACACCAAGCUUUGACUGUCCUUCACGAGAGAUAGAGAUUAUUAUUAUAAUUAGCAUCGUGGUCAUCAUCAUAAACCAUGUAGUUUAUUCUCUGAGCAAGUGGAUAUGAACACCAAUGAGCAUGAGUUUUAGUUUUUGUCAUGUUUUAUUUAUUUUGAGUGACCUGUUCCCAGCUACCACCUCCCUUGUUCUGGGUUUUUUAGUGUGGUUUCUAUAGUCUCAUGCUUUGCUUCUUGUGGUUAGUUUCUUGCCGGCCUAUUCUUGAAACCUUGUUUUGGUGGUUUUCAUUUUCCAAUGGCCCUGCUUAGAGCCUCAGCUGAACCGGCUUCUCCUCGUCGGUGGAAGCAUGAUGUGUUUUUAAGUUUCAGGGGUGAAGACACCCGCAAGGGCAUUGUUUCCCAUUUAUACAAUGAGCUGCAAAACAGGAGAGGGAUUAAAACAUUCAAGGAUGAUCAGCAGCUUGAAAUAGGGACAGCUAUUUCUCCAAGUCUCCUAACGGCAAUCCAAGAAUCAUGGUUUGCCAUCAUUGUUCUCUCGCCAAAUUAUGCUUCUUCUUCUUGGUGUUUGGAUGAACUUGCACACAUUUUUCAAUGCAUGGAAGACAAGAACAGAAUUCUGCCUCUUUUUUAUCACGUUGAUCCCUCUGACGUACGCCAUCAAAGGGGAAGUUUUCAAGUAGCCUUCACUAAACAUGAACAACUGUCUAGGCAAGACAUGGACAAGGUCAAGCAGUGGAGAGAUGCUUUAAAUAAAGUUGCCUAUCUCUGUGGCUGGGAUGCCAAGAAUUAUGAAUCCGAAAGGGAGCUUGUCAAAAGCAUUGUGACAUUUGUGUGCAGCAAAGUACUUCAAGUUUCACGACCUAUUGAAAUGGAGUCUAUAAUGCAUACUGGAGAUUUUGAGGCAUUUGAAGCAACCAGACAAGCUAUGGAUAAGGUCAUGUCGGCACUUAAAGAUGAUAACAUCACUGUCAUUGGCAUCAACGGAAUGGGAGGUGUCGGCAAAACAACCAUGGUUACAUAUGUCAGUUCACAAGCCAAAAGAGACGGGAUCUUCGAUCAUGUGAUUAUGGCUUGUAUAUCUGAAAACCCUGACUUGAUCAAAAUUCAAGGCAUAUUAGCAGAUAUGUUGGGAAUGCAAUUGAAAGAGGAGACAGAAAUUGGAAGAGCUGGUAGAUUGAAGGAUAGAAUAAUGAGAGGAAAUAGGGUUCUUAUAAUCUUGGACGACCUGUGGAAGAAUAUAAAUUUAUCAAGCAUAGGAAUUCCCAGCUACAAUGAGCUUAGAAAGUGUAAGUCUAAACUCUUGCUCACCACAAGGAGAUUAUCUGUUUGUCAUGUCAUGAGGAGCCAAGCAAUCAUCCCUCUUAACAUCCUAUCAAAAGAAGAUUCUUGGAGCUUGUUUGUAAAGGAAGUGGGACAUUCUUUUCAUGAAUCCACCAGAUUUUAUGAUAUAGCGAGGAAGGUAGCUAGAGAAUGUGCUGGUCUCCCAAUUGCAUUGAUAACAGUUGCAAGGGCACUGCGAUAUAAAGACAUGGAAGAAUGGGAAGAAGCAGCUCGACGACUAGGGAUGUCUCAACCUGCCAGCCUUGAUGAUGAGGGAGAUGUUUUCAAAUGUAUAAAGUUGAGCUAUGAUUACUUGAAAAGUGAUCUUGCCAAGUCAUGCUUCUUGCUUUGCUGUCUAUUCCCAGAAGACUAUGACAUCCGCAUUGAAGACUUGCUUAAAUAUGGGAUCAGUCAUGGUUUAUUUCGAGAUUCCAACACCAUGAAUGAAGCCAGAGCCAGAAUACAUUCGGUGGUCAAGUACCUUAAAGCAUCAAACUUGCUUUCAGACAGUGAAAUAGAUGGAUGUGUAAGGAUGCAUGAUGUCAUUCGGGAUAUGGCCAUAUCAACUACAUUAUCCGAGAACAACAAUGGGUUUUUGGUGAAAGCUGGUUUACACAACCUUUCCGAAGAGUUGAAAAGGUCUCGAGUUGAGGAGCGAUGGGAGCGUUUAGUUGGUGCAGUAUUAUGUUGGAAAGGAAAGGAAUCAACUUUUGAAAAUGGGAGCCAUGGUAUUGGCAUUGAUGCAAGCUCUCAAGCUAAUUGGGAAGUUCAGGAAAUCCUGAAAGUUGCUGAUGAAAUCCAACUUAACGAUCCCAUUGUCAGUAGAAUCUUAUGCGAGCACAGUUAUCAAUUGGCACUGUAUUUGAAUUCUAAUAGCGACCGAAACGGAGUAUUACAACUCAAGAGUGGAUUGAUGAAUGUCUGGAAGCAAAAGCAAGCACGGCUGGGGGGUGAAACUGUGGAUAGAAGCCAAGACUUUCUUGUCUUACAGAAGUUCUAUAAACUUUAUAGAGAGAAGAAUAAUGUAGAAAAGCUGCGGGAGGAAGAAAUGAAGUUGAGGGAAUCUGGAUCUAUCUGUGCAAAUCUGGGGGAGUUGGAGAGAAAAACAAGUAUAAGGAAAAGAGUUUCUGCAACUCUAAGAAUUCUGGAGACAGUUUUGGAGCAGCUGGAGGAAACUCCCGACGAGAAAACGUCUCAAGUUGAGGAGCGUGGUACUUGCGAUAUUGGAAAAACAUCUCAAGUUGAGGAGCGAUGGGAGCAUAUAGUCCAUGCAGUACUAAAACGGGAAAGGCUGGGAACUGAUGCAUACAGGCGGCAUGGUACAGGCAUUGUUGGAAAAGUUCGAUCUUCAUUUGCAAUUAGCAGGGUUAUAAAUAAAAUUUUGGACGCUGCAGAUGAAAUUGAAGAUGAAAAUCUUAUUGCCUCUAGAAUCUUAUGUGAUCAGGGUUAUUUGUUGCCUCGAGAUCUGGAUAGUGAUAGUGAAGGAAAUGGAGUAUUACAGUUUAAGGCUAGUCUGAUGAGUGUCACUAAGGUAUUAUCAUUUGGAUCUGUUAUGUAAUUCCACUCAUAAUGGAUCAAUAUGUGGGACAUCUUUUAUGAAUGCAGCCAUGUAUAAACAUGUUGACCAGCGUUUGAACGAAAUCUUGAAAUGUUUUCUUUCUGACAACAUAUGUGGAAGCACUGAUGUCAUGCUAGUUUCUUUGUCUGUGUUUGGGUACAUAAUCCAUUAUAAAUGAAUUAAUUAUGAGUCAGGAUUCAUGAUCUUGAUGAUUCAUACUGAUUCAUCUUCAUUUUGUUUAUUUUUUUUUUUUGAAUAAAUGGGGUUUGGAACCCAGUCAAACUGGGAGGCUCAUCCCCACGCCCAUGUUAUUAUUAAUAAUAUUUUGUUGCAUCGGGGGGGACGUAAUACCUGUACCCCGAGCAUACAUAGUUGCGUGACAAUUAUCCUCAUAGAGGACAUCCUGUAGGAAGACAGGUGCCUCAACUAAAGAGAGAUCCACAACAUGAUCUAAACUAGCAAAGUGAGCUAAUCUAUCGAUCAUCUUCACUAUUUGCUUCAUUUUGUUUAUAAAUAUAUCUAGAAUUUGGGCGUCAUCUGAGUUCAGGCUAUUUCAUUUACUGCUACAUUAUUAGGCAGGAAGACACUUGUUAGUUAGUUUGACUGUAUUAGGACUGUUGUUGAUGCAUUUUCUUUUGUUUCAUUGAGGUGGACGAUAUUGAUGUACUGCUUGUUUUAUUAAUAGAAAGGCUUCUUUCUUCUAAAAAGACGUUGGUGUUUACUUAGGUAGAAGUAUCUUUAGAAAAAUUACAGCUUCUUUUGACAAUUUGACCAUUAUGUUUGUAAUUCAAUUAUUGUUGGAUUUCUGUAAUUCAGUUUGGAUAUAACUUGUACUAUUUGGUUCCUUUGAACAAAAUUUUCAGCAAGGGCUAUCUUUGAGGAGAAGUGCAACCGCAACCAUAGAUAGAAGUGAAGACUUUGUUCUAUUACAACAGUUCUAUAAACUUUAUAGGGAGAAGAAUAAUGUCGAAAAGCUGCUGCAGGAAAAAAUGAAGAUGAGGGAGUG